AUGAAUAAUGUCCUUUCAGUGGAUGGUCCUCAUGUCACCUGUGUGAAGAGAACCUCUUACCUUGAGUGCAUCAAGGCCAUUGUGGCAAACAAAGCAGAUGCCGUGACCAUUGAUGGAGGUUUGGUGUUUGAGGCAGGCCUGGCCCCCUACAACCUGAAGCCCGUCGUGGCAGAAUUCUACGGGUCCAAAGAUGAUCCACAAACUCACCAUUACGUCGUAGCUGUGGUGAAGAAAGGCAGCGAUUUCCAGCUGAACCAGCUCCAGGGCAAGAGGUCCUGCCACACAGGCCUGGGAUGGUCUGCUGGGUGGAACAUCCCCAGCGGGAUACUUCUUCCCUCUGACUUGGUUGAAAAAGCAGCGGCUAAGUUCUUCGUGGGCAGCUGCGUGCCCUGUGCGGAUCAGACGGCUUUCCCCAAACUGUGCCAACUGUGUGCGGGGAAAGGGACGGACAAGUGCGCCUGUUCCAACCACGAACCGUACUUUGGCUACUCGGGGGCCUUCAAGUGUCUUCAGGACGGUGUGGGGGACGUGAGCUUCGUGAGGCACAUGACGGUGUUUGAGAACCUAGCUGACAAGGCUGACCGGGACGCGUAUGAGCUGCUCUGCAGGGACAACAGCCGGGCGCCUGUGGACGAGUACGAGAGGUGCCACCUGGCCCGGGUCCCUUCCCACGCUGUCGUGGCCCGAAGCGUGGGCGGCAAGGAAGACUUGAUCUGGGAGCUUCUCAACCUGGCCCAGGAGAAUUUUGGAAAAGACAAGUCAGCAGAAUUCCAGCUCUUUGGCUCUCCUCAUGGAAAGGACCUGCUGUUUACGGACGCUGCCCUUGGGUUUUUAAGAGUCCCACCUAAGAUGGACGCCAAGCUAUACCUGGGAUACGAGUAUUUUUCUGCCAUCCAGCAUCUAAUGAGUGGUGUGUCACCAGACCUAGGGACAGAAGACCCCCAGAGGGUGAUGCGGUGCGCAGUGGGCCAGCACGAGAAGGCCAAGUGUGACGAGUGGAGUGCCCUGAGCGGUGGCAUCUUGAAGUGCACCGCGGAGGAGACCACCGAGGGCUGCAUCGCCGCCGUCGCGAAAGGAGAGGCUGAUGCCCUGAGCUUGGAUGGAGGCUUCAUCUACACAGCAGGCAAAUGUGGUCUGGUGCCUGUCCUGGCAGAGAACUACUUAAAUAGUGGUGUCUCCACUUUACAGUGUGUGAACACACCUGCGGAAGGUUAUUAUGUCAUGGCAGUGGUCAAGAAGUCAGAUGCUGACCUCACCUGGACCUCUCUGCGAGGCAAGAAGUCCUGCCACACUGCAGUUGGCACUUCUGCAGGCUGGACCAUCCCGAUGGGUUUCAUAUACAACCAAACUGGGUCCUGUAAAUUUGAUGAAUUCUUCAGUCAAAGCUGUGCCCCUGGGUCUGAUCCAGCGUCCAGUCUCUGUGCCCUGUGCAACGGCAGCGGCACGCCAGCCCACACGUGUGCUCCCAACAGCCACGAGGGGUAUUACGGCUCGAGUGGGGCGCUCAGGUGUCUGGUUGAGAAGGGAGACGUGGCCUUUGUGAAGGACCCCACGGUCCAGCGGAACACCGACGGAAAGAACCCUGAAGCCUGGGCGAAGGGUCUGAAGCAGGAGGACUUCCAGCUGCUGGGCCUCGACGGCACCAGGAAGCCUGUGGCUGAGGCUCAGAGCUGCCGCCUAGCCACUGUCCCAAGUCAUGCUGUGGUCUCAAGGAAAGAUAAGGCGAUUUUGUCCGCAGAAUGCGCUUCAACCAACAGGUGUCUCUUUGGAAGAAACGGGUUUGAAUACAUGAUGUUCCAGCUGUUCGAAUCCUCAACCAAGGAUCUGCUCUUCAGCGAUGAUACAGAAUGUCUGGCUAACCUUCAGGACAGAACAACUUAUCAAAAAUACUUAGGGCCAGAGUAUCUUCGGGCUAUUGCUAACAUGAGACAGUGCUUACGCUCUGGUGAGUAG